GCCUCCCCUCUCUCCCCACCACCGUCAUCAACAAGUGUCUCGCGCACCCUCGGAGCCUUUUCACUUGCAAAUGCUCGCGCGCGCACACUGGCGCUCUUCGCUCUCCCAUUGGUCCACGCCCCGGCUGACUGCACGAGAACAGGGGAACUUUUGGCGUGAACAGGCAGAUGAGUUCAGUGUGUGAGUUUGGCCGUCUGACAACAAGUGGUUUUUCCGCGGAGAACUGUUUCACAGCACCGAGGAGAGAGAGGCAGCUGCUCACUUUACAAUAUAGCCUAAGUAUCAAAGUAAUGACCGACACAACCUGACUUAUCAUUUAAGAGAACACCUGGUCGUCCGUUGCGGUGUUUUGUGUCCCGGGUGCGUCGUUGAGUAGCCUAAUUAGUUGAUUCGCAUCACCCGGCAAUCCCCGCUUCAAUCUGCAGGGAAACCUGGCCAGAAGUCGCCAGGUGGACGGCGACAAAGGCUCCUUGUGUGUUCGGCGUUUCGACUCUUCCGUAACUCCGCUUAACUUGACUACACCUGCCCCGACAUGUACAGCAUGAUGGAACACGAGCUGAAGCCGAGCGGCCAGCCGCCUUCUCACCAGACCUCCCAGGGAAUGUCGCCCAUCACCGGCAACAUGACCGGGGGCAUGGGCGGCAAUGGCAACUCUCACCCGGGCUCCAAAACGGCAUGCGCACCCGGAGUCGACCCCAUGGAUAAAGUCAAGCGGCCCAUGAACGCCUUUAUGGUCUGGUCCAGGGGACAGAGGCGCAAGAUGGCCCAAGAAAACCCCAAAAUGCACAACUCCGAGAUCAGCAAGCGGCUGGGAGCGGAGUGGAAACUCCUGACCGACGCUGAGAAGCGGCCUUUCAUCGACGAGGCCAAGCGGCUCCGGGCGGUCCACAUGAAGGAGUACCCCGACUACAAGUACAAGCCCCGCCGCAAGACCAAGCCCCUGCUGAAAAAGGACACUCAGAUGGGCAAGUACCCGCUGUCAGCGGGCAACUUGCUGGCGGCGGCGCAGGGCCAAGGUGGUAGUCCGAGGAUGGACAGCUACGGCUGGGGCCCCGCCGGGGGGUACGCCGGCAUGCAGGGCGAGGCGCUCGGCUACACACAGCAGCUCCACCGGUAUGACCUGUCAGCGCUCCAGUACCCACCUUCAAUGACGGCAGCACAGACGUACAUGAACGGAGGCAACUCGUACAGCCCCAUGUCCUACAGCAGCAGUCCCCAGCAGCACAGCCCUGUCACCAUGUCCAUGGUGAAAGCGGAGCCGGUGUCCCACUCGCCCCCGACGGGGACGCCCAGCCACCACCGGGGCCCUCUGCAGGGCGACCUCAGGGACAUGAUCAGCAUGUACAUCCCCGGCCCCGGGGGGGACGCCGGGGACCCCACGGCAGCACAGAGGGGCUACACCAGUGUCCAGCAGCACUACCUCACCGGGACCGUCCCACUCACACACAUCUAGGACUGGAA